GCCAUCAAAGUUGGUUGGUGGGCUGAUUCCUUUGGCCAUGUAUUAUGAAUUGGUAAUUCUAUAUUGCUGUCGGUAAGUGUCUCUAUUUGUUUCUAUGAAGGGAUGGGAGAUCACUAGGUUACAUUUAUUAAUUUUAUCCCAUGUUGUUUCUUAGUAUCGUACGCUUGCAAACAACAGUGUGUACUUGAAGUGUCAUCCUUCAGGCGUAAUACUAGCUUACGGGAAAGCAGUUGGGCUGAGAAAGCACACAUGUUGUUUGUAAGCGUCUUCCUCCUUACAUUGGCUGGAAUCAGUAGCUUGAAAGACGGUGACAGCUUUCAAGUGAACAUUGCUAGGUGGUGGCCAUCAAAGUUGGUUGGUGGGCUGAUUCCUUUGGCCAUGUAUUAUGAAUUGGUAAUUCUAUAUUGCUGUCGUUGGGCUGAGAAAGCACACAUGUUGUUUGUAAGCGUCUUCCUCCUUUGGCCAGUGUAUUAUGAAUUGGUAAUUCUAUAUUGCUGUCGAAACAUACGAUUGCAAACGACAAUAUAUUCACCUGAAGCUCUUAGGCGUCAUUAUAAUAAUGCCGCUUUUGUUUAUAGGUACACUUCGAUGCUGAAGAGAUAAGGUGGUGAUUUGACAGAAGGUUGCCUGCCACCUUAACUAGGUGAAAGUGGUUCAUCUUUGGGUUUCGGCUAAAGUUGUCUUGGUUUGUGCACUUUGGUUAAAA